AUGGUCUUCACGGCGCCGGAAUGGGUCCCCCAGCUGCCCUUCGAGAUCCCCGACUCCAUCACCAUCGCUGAGUUCAUGCGCAAUGAGCAGUAUGGCCGCUACCCUGUCGCAGAGUCCAGGAACCCGUACACAUGCGGUCUCACGGGCAAGACGUACUCUGCCGCCGAGGUGGUGAAGCGCGAGGACUGGAUGGCUCGCGCCAUUGCAAAGAGGCUGGGCUUUGACACCUUUGACCGCGACUCUACCGAGUGGGACAAGGUGGUUGGACUCUUCUCGUUCAACACGAUCGACUACCUGCCCUUCACGCACGCCAUCCACCUCAUGUCGGGAAUUGUCACACCCGCAAGCGCUGCGUAUUCAGCCCCGGAGCUAGAGCAGCAGCUGCGGUCUGCGGGCGCCAAGGCACUUUUCACCUGCAUUCCUCUGCUAGAAACUGCUCUUGCCGCUGCAAAGGCAGCUGGAAUAUCAAACGAGAACAUCUUCAUUCUCCCCAUGCCCGGGUUCAACAAGCAGGUUCCUUUCAAAACGAUUGAUGACUUGGUUGAAGAAGGGAAGAACUUGCCGCAACUCCCACCGCUGAAUUGGAUUAAAGGGCAAGGAACAAGACAGGUUGCGUACCUCUGCUAUUCUAGCGGCACGUCUGGUCUACCUAAAGCCGUCAUGAUUUCCCACUACAACGUCAUCGCCAACACAAUCCAAAAACGAACAUACGACAGCGUCGGACGCGAGGCCCAAGGAAUCAAAACCCAGGUCAUGCUCGGACUACUCCCCUUCAGCCACAUCUACGGCCUUGUUCCCAUCGCGCACGUUGGCACCUACCGAGGUGACGAAAUCAUCGUUUUGCCCCGCUUUGAGCUCAAGUCGUUUCUGGCCGCUGUCCAAAAGUUCCGCAUAGAACAAAUUAGCGUUGUGCCCCCAAUCCUCAUCCAGAUGUUGAGUAAGCGCGACGAGUGUGCGAAAUACGACCUCAGUAGCAUUCGGUUCAUUUACACCGGCGCUGCGCCUUUGGGAGGUGAGACGGUGGAUGAGUUGUUAAAGAUGUUCCCAAACCGUCAAAUCGGUCAAGGUUAUGGCAUGACCGAAACCUCGACGGUAGUAGUGUCAACUAGUGAGUUGGACACACUCGUCGGCUCCUCUGGCUCACUCCUCCCCGGGAUCAAAGCCAAGAUCAUCGACUCCAAGGGGAAGGAGGUGACAGAUUACGAGACUCUUGGUGAACUACUGGUCCAGAGUUCUUCUGUUGUUCUGGGCUACCUCAAUAAUGAGAAAGCGACAGCCGAGACGUUUGUCUUCCACGAGGACGGUCGCUGGAUCAAGACAGGCGACGAGGUUCUUGUGCGCAAGUCCGCCCAAGGAAACGAACACUUUGUCAUCGUGGACCGCAUAAAGGAACUGAUCAAAGUCAAGGGUCAUCAAGUCGCCCCCGCCGAGUUGGAAUCUCACCUCCUCACCCACCCACUUGUUUCCGAUUGUGCAGUCAUCCAAGUCCCAGACGCACGUGCUGGGGAGCUCCCCAAAGCAUUUGUCGUCAAAUCUCUCGAAGCGGCUCAAAAGUCUGAUGAGGAAACCACGAAGGCGAUUCAUCUUCACGUGGAAGAGCACAAGGCGAAACACAAAUGGCUCAAGGGCGGCAUCGAGUUCAUCGAGGUCAUUCCAAAGAGUGCCAGCGGUAAGAUACUCAGACGGGUGCUCAGAGAUCACGAGAAGAAGUCUCGCAAAGCCCGGGGAGGGAAGUUAUAA